CAAGAGGUGGAGCCUAGAGGGGAAGAAGGGUGACGGGGCCGCACGCGAGGCUGCGGGCAGCGGCAACUUUUAUGUAUCACCUCGUUCUUUGGAUUUAUUUAUGAGUUAUUCGUUUUAAGUUGUGAAAUUAUUUUGCUGCAAUCCCGUCACAUGUUUCGAUAGUUACCUCGACUCCACUUUUCUGGACAAGCUUUUUGGACAGUCUGUCGAAAGGAAAGAUUUUUGGGACUUGGUCCGGUCGGAAUUUUGUCUUGGUGACCAGGCGUUGAACGGAAAAUCUGUUCUUUCCAUUUUCAUCGGCUGUUGAAGACUUUUAGUUUGUCUAAAAGUUUAGACAUCAUAUGUCGUGCACUUCGACGAGCCUUGUCGGGUUGUUUUCACUUCAUAUCUGAUACAUGGAGCAACUCAAAAAGACUGGUUGGACUUAACUUUUUAUUCCGUCGUCGAGAGCAGCUAUCCGCUUGCCAAUUAUCUGGGCAGGUGGUAAGCUAAGCUUUGGGCAACAUUCGGGAGCUUUUCCUGCAACUUUUCGAACUUUCUGAAACUUACAUUAUCAAGUGGUGUUGGUGGUUCACUCUUUUGGUGCCCAUAUUACCAUUCUUCAAAGGAAAUAAGUUGAAUUAACUGAGAGCGCAAUGCCUGAGGCCAACAUGGCGUCGGCCUCAGUGAAGGUGGCGGUGCGCGUGCGGCCCUUCAACGCUCGCGAGACCAACCGCGGGGCCAAGUGUGUCAUCCAGAUGCAGGACAAGUCCACAUGCAUCUCUAACCCCAAGCAGUCCAAAGACAGCAAGAACUUCACCUUUGACUACUCCUACUGGUCCCACACCACGCAAGAGGACCCAUGCUUUGCCUCCCAGAGGCAGGUGUACCUGGACAUUGGUGAGGAGAUGCUGCUCCAUGCCUUUGAGGGCUACAACGUCUGCAUCUUUGCAUACGGCCAGACUGGCUCGGGCAAGUCUUACACCAUGAUGGGCAAGCAGGAGGAUGGACAACAGGGCAUCAUCCCACAGCUCUGUGAGGAUUUGUUCAAGCGCAUAGUGGACAACGUUGACCCUGACCAGUCCUUCUCAGUUGAGGUGUCUUACAUGGAGAUCUACUGUGAGCGCGUGAGAGACCUGCUGAAUCCAAAGAGCAAAGGCCCCCUGCGGGUGCGAGAGCACCCCAUCCUGGGCCCCUACGUGGAAGACCUCUCCAAAAUGGCCGUCACCAGCUACAGCGACAUCGCUGACCUCAUGGACUGUGGCAACAAAGCUAGGACUGUGGCAGCUACCAACAUGAAUGAGACCAGCAGUCGCUCCCAUGCGGUUUUCACAAUCCUCUUCACGCAACGCAGACAUGAUCAGAUGACUAACCUUGACACAGAGAAGGUGAGCAAGAUCAGCCUGGUGGACCUGGCGGGGAGUGAGCGGGCCGACUCUACGGGAGCCAAAGGCAUGAGGUUAAAGGAAGGUGCUAAUAUCAACAAGUCACUGACCACCCUAGGGAAGGUCAUCUCUGCUCUGGCUGAAAUGCAAAGUACCAAGAAGAGGAAAUCCGACUUCAUCCCCUACCGAGACUCUGUGCUGACAUGGCUGCUGAGAGAAAACUUAGGUGGUAACUCGCGUACAGCCAUGAUUGCAGCUCUUAGUCCAGCCGACAUCAACUAUGAGGAAACAUUGAGUACACUCAGGUAUGCGGACAGGGCCAAGCAGAUCCGCUGUAACGCGGUGAUUAACGAGGACCCCAAUGCCCGGCUGGUGAGGGAGCUGAAGGAGGAGGUGAACAGGCUGAAGGAGCUGCUCCUCUCUCAGGGCCUCAGCGACCUCAUCACCGCCCCCGGUCCAGACGGCACCAGUUUUGCCAAGCUGACGUCAGGCGGUUCUUCCAGUGCCAUGGAGCUGGGCCAGAGUCCGGGGGUGGGCCUCAGCCCCCUGGAGCCCUCCUCGCUCUCUGCCCCGACCUCACCUCUCCACGACGGGCCCCCCUCUGACGAGCAGGGGCCCUGCACGGCCAUCAGCAAGGAGGAGGCAGCCGAGAGGCUAAUGGAAACGGAGAAGAUCAUAGCAGAGAUGAAUGAGACCUGGGAGGAGAAACUCAGGAAAACAGAGGCCAUCCGACAGGAAAGAGAGGCCCUGCUAGCGGAGAUGGGCGUGUCUAUCCGCGAGGACGGAGGAACGGUGGGGGUCUUCUCCCCUAAACGGACGCCUCAUCUGGUGAACUUGAAUGAAGAUCCUCUGAUGUCUGAAUGCCUCAUCUACUACAUAAAGGAGGGCCUGACUAGGGUCGGCCAGACAGACGUGGACAUCCGUCUGAGUGGUCAGUUCAUCAAGGAGCAGCACUGCAUCUUCUGCAGCAGAGUUACGGAGUCAGGAGAGGUGGAAGUGGUAGUGCAGCCCCUGGACGGGGCGGAGACGUACGUCAACGGCAAGCAAAUUACAGAGCCCGUGCUGCUCAAACAAGGCAACAGGGUGGUGAUGGGUAAGAAUCAUGUGUUCCGCUUCAACCACCCGGAGCAGGCGCGGCAGGAGCGUGAGCGCAACGCGGCCCAGGACCAGCAGGGGGAGCCGGCGGACUGGAGCUACGCCCAGAAGGAGCUGCUGGAGAAACAGGGCAUCGACAUCAAACAGGAGAUGGAGAAGAGACUGCAGGAUCUGGAGAACCAGUACCGCAAAGAGAAGGAGGAGGCAGACCAGCUGCUGGAGCAACACAGACUGUAUGCGGACUCUGACAGUGGUGACGACUCUGACAAGCGUUCCUGUGAGGAGAGCUGGAGGCUCAUCUCCUCCCUCCGAGAGAAGCUGCCAGCCAACAAGGUGCAGUCCAUAGUGAAGAAGUGUGGUCUUCCCAGCAGCGGCAAGCGGCGUGAGCCCCUGCGCGUCUACCAGAUCCCCCAGCGCCGACGCAUCACCAUGGACCCCAAACAUCUCACCAUGGACGACAUGCGCACACAGGCCGUCAAGGAGAUCUGCUACGAGGUGGCGCUGGGUGACUUCCGGCACACGCGUCAGGAGAUUGAGGCGCUGGCGAUCGUGCGCAUGAAGGAGCUGUGCCGCACCUACCGGCAGCGUGACCCGCAGGAGCGCGAGAGCUGGCGCAGCGUGGCGCGGGACGUAUGCGACACGGUGGGCAUCGGGGACGAGGACGGGGACAGGACUACAGUGGAGAUGGUGGACAGCAGCGGCGGAGGUGGUGGAACUGUGGGAGGAGGUGGUAAGGUGGUGUCUGACCAGCAGCAGCAACAGCAGCAGCAGCCUCCGAGGAAGACGGACAUGGGGGACCUGAAGGCCCACAUAGACAAGCUGACGGACAUCCUGCAGGAGGUCAAGCUGCAGAACAACAUGAAGGACGAGGAGAUCCGAUCCCUACGCGACCGCAUGGUCAAGAUGGAGAAGGUCAUACCAGUACUCGGGGACGCCAUGGACGACUCCGACCUAAUCAGAGUGGAGGAGGUGAGUGUCGUCUCUAUGGGCGGCCGGCGCUCAGAGGGCGAGGACGGAGGCUACCGGCGCGGCCGCCACCGCUGGCAGCACCCCGAGCAGCACCAGGAUCCCAAGCGGCCCUGCAGGGUCCCUGGCGGGCCCCCCAUCAACGCCCCCUUCAACCCCCAGGCCCCCAUCAGGGCCCCCGGCACUGCAACAGCGCUGAACCCCUUCGCCAACCCGGGAGCAGGCAACGCUCCGGGCCAGUUCCUGCCCGGCACGGGGCGCUUCCUGCCCCCUCUGGAGCGCAAGUUGCAGUUCCCCUUCAAGAACAACCCCCAGCACAGAGCCUUUGUCUGGGGGCCCUCGUCUGGUCCCCCGGGGCCCGGAGAGGAGACUGCCGACGGGCUCCCGGCGGGGACCAUGAUCUCCACGUCUCUCUCCGACACCGUGACUUCGUUCCAGGCGUGCCACACUCAGGGCGGAGGGAGAGGUCAGGGCUCCAACAACGCCAACCGCUACCAGCAGCAGCAGCACCAGCGCCGGAACCAGCACGGCAACAGAGGCCAGCACAACCACCACGCCAACCAGCGCAACAACCGCCAGCGCUCGCGCCAGAAGGGACGCAACCCCUUCGAUGGCUUCGUGGAGCGCGCCAACGAGCAGGCGGGACACGGCCGCGGAGGACACCAUCACGGUAACCAGGGCAACCAGCAGGGUGGUGGUGGAGGAGGAGGAGGUGGGGGCAGGCAGCGUUACAGUUGGCACAUCGACGGGCCCGCUCACCAGCACCACCACCACCCUCAGGACGGGCAGCAGCCCCACGGCAAGCAGAGCCACGCCGCCCAGAGCCACAACUGGAGGGAGGACGGCCAGCAGCAGAGGCCUCGGCUGAACAGCAGGAGCCUGCACACACAGCUCUCAGGACCGGAGGAGGGCAAGAGGAACAGCAGGAUGGAGGAGCCCAUGGAGGCAUAGAGAGGACCGAGGCCAUGGGAGAGCCUCAGGCAUGCCACAUGGAAUCCAAGAUUGGAGGGGAAAAAAAACAACAAAUGGGGAGUGGGGUUUAAAAUAUCUCUUCAUUGACUCCCAUUCCAUGGUUGGAUAUGAGAUGGGGUCUCUGUAGGAGAGGGGGAGGGUUAGGGUGAUGGGAGGAGGGCAGAGGAAGAACCAGGGGAUGGAGGAGGAGGGGGGUAGGGUAUGAUAUCAGGAGAGAUCACUUUGGGGAGACUGCAACAGUGGCUAUGUGUUUCUUUUUAUAUAUCGCCAUCGCACAGGGUUCCACAAUUGUUCCUCUGGAAUGCACACAAACACACACAGGCAUAAAAACUAAUGUCAGGAUGCACACAAAUCUCAAAUCUCUUUCUCACACACACACACACACACACACACACACACACACACACACACACACACACACACACACACACACACACACACACAGAAAUGUACAAAUACAUGCACAAACGCACAUCAACACAAAAAAGAACGUACUGACACGCACACCCUUGGUUCACUGUGUUCUAGGUGCUGAGAUUGUUCACCAGAGAGCAGUUCAUGCUCACAGGCAAGCACUUGCACUUAUUGGAAAUCUCCUCUAGGGAGGGGGCGACAUGGAAACACUUUUAGUGCAAUAACACUAUGCUUAAUUUUUUCCCUUUCUUACUUCUUUUUUUUUUUUUUAAACACCCUUGACAGAAUCACUGUGUUCUUGACUGUUGAAAACUGUGCCUGCCUGAUCUGGCUUCUCUUUUUAAGGAAUCGUGCCAAGUGUAUACCCUGUACUCAACUAUGCUGUCUGCUUUCCGCAGCCUCCAAUACAGUACUCACAACUGUGCCAUGUAUAUGUAGAUAUAUACAGUACAUUGCCUCAUGUUUUUGUUUUUGGUAUAUAUAUUGGAAACGUUUUAUACAGUGUAUAUAUUGGACAUUUGUACAUGGAAGGGUUCUUCGACUCACCUUUUAGGAUUUUUAAUGUCAUCAAACACGGGGGUGUUACUUUAUAUAUUUGGAGUAUCGUUAGGGUGUGUUUUGUGAUAUUUUUUUGUUUUUUAAUCGACUGCAUUAUUUUUUGGAAGUAAUAUAAUAAGCUGCUAUGAUUGACUGCUGUUGCGGUCACGAGAGGAAAAAACACAGUGAAGAGCUGUCAUAUUUACCUGCUGAAACAGCCAAAGAAUUUUUUAAGCCCCAGAGGCAAAAAGAUAGACCCUGACUGCACAAACACAACACCUGGGUCUAGCACAGAAAGAAAAAUGCCUAGGUGAGUGAGGUGGGAUUGCUGUGCCUGAUUGAUGUUCCUCCCUCAAGGAUGGCGGAUAAUGGAGGGAUAGAGAGAGGCGGGAGGAGGAGGAGUGAGGUGGUUAUUGGUGGUGUGUAUAUGUUGAUUUCUUUUUUUUCUCUCUGUCCCCUCUCCAUUUUAAUUAUUAAUGCGUACGUUCCUCCAACCUAACCUCCCAUCCAUCCAUCCCCCUUGCCUUGCCUUUGCUUUGCAUUGCUUUUUAUAUUGUGUGGGUGAAGAAUGGCUGCAUUCCACAAAGAUGACAAAGCCUCAGAAGAAGGCAAAUCUGUCAGGAAAGACAUCAGAGGUGUUAAGAAGCCAAAUACACGAUGUACUGUUGCAUACAUGAAUUAGUGCACACCAGUGCAGUAUGGUCUUUUUUUUUCUUUUUGGACAAACACUCAAGUCUCAAUUCAAAUGAAAAUUGUGACCACUGGUGUGUUUAAAGACUUAACUUUUUUUACUUUUAAACUUUCAUUGUACAAAAUUAUGCAAUACAAUCACAAGGACAUAAUGUUUUUAAUGAAAAAAAGAAUUGAUGUAAUAUAGAUUUGUGUGAUGAUGUAACUUGUAAUCUCAAUCCCCUGACAGGGAUGAAUAUAGACAAGACAUAAAUAACGGUUGCUGAUAUCAUUAAUAAAAAAAAUGUUAUAUA